CUUGACGUUAAAUUCUUUUUCUGCAAAAAAAAGGCAAGCCUGAAAAAAGUAGUCGGUACAUACAUUACUAACACGUGUUCAGGGUUUUAUAAGAGCAAUGAAAGCUGUUUUUCCUGUUUUUUGGAAACACACCUGAUUCAGGUAGUCCUAAGGGCGUUGAAUCGACGCCAUAGACAUUGUUAAGGUUCAGACUGUUUUAAACAUUCUUCUCUGAGACUACUCUUUGGUGUGGUGCUGUGCCAUGUGUUUAAGUGGGCAGCCACUGUGCUCAGGCAGGGGCCGUGUGCGAUCUAACUCCUCUAGUGAGGGCAGCAGCUCAAGCUCUCAAUAUGCAUGCUGUGCCCUGGGUGUGGGCCUAGUGGCACUUGGAGUUAUCAUGAUUCUGUGGACUGUGGUGCCACUGGAGGUGCGAUCGAAUAACACAGGUGUGCAACAUGAUGACGUUUCCAUUGAUGAAACUAAGCAGAAGACCUCGUCUGUGGCUUUUGUACUGAUUGGUGCUGGACUGGCCUUGCUGCUGUUGGCUGUGUGCCUAGGAGUGAGAAACAAGCACAGGAGAAACAGGGGGGCAACUACGGCCGCUGAUACUCAGUACACAGACCGUGUGCCAGGAGAAUCAGGAGAGAUCCCGGCACCUGCACCAAGUUAUGAUGUGCCUAGCUAUGAUGAGGCUGUGACUAGUGGGCGUUAUCCUGUCCGCCAGAGUAACCUGCGCCAGAGUACCUCACAGCUCCCUUCUUAUGAGGACCUGGUUGCUGCAGUGGAGAAUGAAGGAGAAGCACAAGGGGCCGUAAACAGUCAAAAUGCUUCUUCUCCUGGUCCUCAUGUUGGUCCACCAGCAGCAGCAGCUGGUGCAAAUGCCAAGCCAGCCCGUAGCAGCAGUCGAGCUAGCUACCUCCUCAGACCCCUCCGUGUGCGCAGGAUUAAAUCUGAGAAGCUCCAUGUCAAAGAUAUCCGGCUAAAAAUCCAGAGUCCUCCACAAGGGGGACGAGUAACCAUUGAGCCCCUGACGCCUCCACCACAGUACGAAGACAAAGUGCUCGAGUUCCCCACAGAACCUGUGUGAUGGAGUGAGCUGUGUAUGAACACUGUCAUGGUUGACAUCUCUCUCUUAAUUUGUGCUGUUGUUGCACUUGCGGUGUGUAUGGCUUUGAUACAGUGGUAUAGGUCUGCUUCAAAGAAUUGUUGUAAUUGUGAAAUGUUAUAUUUAAUACUUCUUUCGAAUAUGAAAGUGUCCUGUGCUUCUUUUACAACAAAACACUAAAGAGUAUUACUUUUUUAUCUAUAUAUGUUUAUUUGCUUUCAAAAAUAGUGCUCUUUGGCAUGGUGUAGCUGAUUUUGUAAUGACUCUUUUGUGAUAUGUGAUUAACUCUGUCAUCACAUCCGUACUCAUACUCAGAUGGUGGCUGUCUACCUGCUUAUAUGUCCUUAUAGUGAGCUUUGAAGGACAAGCUUGAAUUAACAUUUAAGUUAAUUUGCGGAACAAUGAAUGCUAUUAGCAAGGUGCCACUUGCAUAAUGCUUAUUGGUGGCUGUUAAUCAAUGUUAGUAAUAUUAGCAUUUUGGACAGUCAUUCAUUGAAUGGAAAAUGGGCAACAUGGAUAGUUGACUUUUUUGAAUCUGUGGAGAUGUGCAGUCAGAAUUUGAAAUAGUAAACAAUAUUACAUGCUGUGGCUAUUUUUAUAAAGGAUCUGAAGGAAAUUGAAAAGGGGAAAAAAUCGGCAACAAUACACAAUUAUACUAAAAUACACACUGUGCUGUCAUGUCUGAAGAAACUUCUUUUAGAAAAGUAAUAUACAAUAUGUACACCUUCACGUGCGAUGAGAUUUAAGGACAAAACAUUGAUUUAUUUUAAAUGUGGCUGUUUAAAUAACGUGUAUGUUUCCAAUCUGACACUGUGCGGUGGUAUGGGGGUUUAUGUGACGUCAGUUUUUUUGGGUCUUGUAUGUAAUAAAUGUAUGUGUUUUUCUAUUGUUCAAUAAUUGGGGAAAACAUACUAUAAUUGGGGAAAAGAUGAGGAAAUAUAAAAUACUGAUGAUAAAAAAGCAAACAACUCCUAUUAUGUAGGAUAAUAUAGAAUGGAUUUUUGUAAAGUCUACACACCCCUGUUAAUAUGGCAGGAUUUUUAUCUAAAAACAUAAUAAACUAAGAUGUGUCAUGUCAGACCUUUUUUCACCCUCAGUAAAAUUACAGUGUAUAAAAACAUAAGUGAAAAACAAUCCAAAAGUUAAUUUGGGGAAAUGGAUGAAUGGUGUGAUUUGAAAAUCGAACCGAGCGACACAGCCUCGGCAGAUUUUGCAGAUUUUUGUAGGGGAGGCUGAGACGAGCCUGCAAAAUCUGGCAAGGCCGCGACACUCGGUUCGUUUUUCAAAACUGCAAUAAAAUCAAAACUGCAUGAAUAUAUUAAAAGUCAAAUGUCCUGUUGACUUGUAGCUAGUUAUGAUUUCACUAAAACAUGAUGCUGCCACCUCCAGGAGUGGGUGUGGAGUUCUUUUGGUGGUCAUCCUGUCCCCUACCACCACCUCUCUCACACACACACACACACACACACUAAACAGAUCUUUUGAACUGGUUUAAUUAGACCAUAACACAUUUUGCUGUUUAUUAUUUAGUUGAGCUUGGAUAUUUUUGUUUUUUGUGUGUUCCAUUCUACAUCUCAUGUUUCAGAAAUUCAAUUAUACCUUUUCUGGUAUAUCAAUAUCUUUCAAGAAGUGAGAUAUCCUCCAUGAUUUGUGCAUUCUAUCUGAGCUUUGGCUUUAAACCAAGAAGAUAUGAAACAAUAAUACAGGGACAGUUGAUUUUUAUUUGGGGUUUAUGAGAAUAAUUUAAUUGACAAUAUGGUUAUACAAUAACAUUUAAAAUGAUCAUCACAAUUACUUUGCUCAAGGUUUUAAUCAUUAACCCUAUUACCACCCUAUUAUUUCAAUUAUUAUUAAUUAGCAUUAGUACAAUUAGCUCAGCAGUGUAAUUUGAGCAUAUGUUUACAGCCUUAUCAAAACUUGUUAUAUAUUUAACAGAAAUACAAUGUCACUAUAUUCAAAAGUAGAAAAUGCAAAAUUCUAUCCAGUCCAAUAUGGAAAACAAAAUUAUUCGUUUGUGAACGAAUUCUUGCCAAGUUAUAGGCUUUUGGCUUGAGACAUAAUCUGUCUUUAGGGAAGACCACAAGCAAGAACAAUAUUCCCCCUGUACUACAGGUCCUCUCUGAAGGGGAACAUGUGGCUGGCAUGCACAAGUACUUUUUGCCACUUUUGAGAUCCUUGGGUAGACCUUUUUGUGUUGCUUCUACUAUCCUAGUGGAUCCUCCUCACUUUUCAGUCUGUGUGGCUGUAGGUAGGCCUGCAGCUCAAGCUACAUUUAGUUCAUGGUUUGUUAAGUAGCUUUCAAGAAGCUUCCCAAUGACUUCUUGUUCUUUGAAGUGCCUUCAACCUCAGUUGGGAUGGCAUCUACACUAUGAAGCACAUACUGUUUCAUUACAAUUUGGUUUAAUGUAUACACAACAGCAGAUAUUAGCAUAAUAAUUAUUAGCAUCACUGCCACAUUCUUUAUCAACUCAGAUUUCACUAUGAUCUCAUAUGUCUUAUCGUGUCAGUUCAACUCAUCUUAAAUCAGGAAUCUAUAGCAGAUUGUAUGUACAACAGAGCCUGGGUUUGGUGGUCACUGGUUUCAUUUAGGUACUUUAAGAUUUUAGACUUUAUCACUUCUAAUAGGUCAUCAUCUUAACUUUUAAGACAGAUGUGUUGAAAAAUGAAGGACUGGGUUUACAAUAGACAAGCUGACUCCUCACUAGACAGAACAUCUGUAAAUACGACUAGCUGGUGCAGGGAUUUCUUGAUAGCCUCCUGCACUUCAGUGUCUUGCCAUUGUGGGUAUAAGAUUCUGGGUUUCCAUUUGUGCUGCCAAAAGUUCCUUCUUUGUUAAUUUGUUAUAUUUUUUUGGUAAAUUAUAGGUGCAUUCAGUGAUUUUUGUUGUUGUUGUUAAUGUAAUGUUUGUUAAUGCAUUUUAGUGUUAAUUAGAACAUUAUUUUAAAGUACAACUCUAUAUCAGUCUUUCUUGCCUUAUUGUGCUGGGUGUACAUACAGUGCCUUGCAAAAGUAUUCACCCUCUUGGCAUUUUUCAUGUUUUGUUGCCUCACAACCUGGAAAUAAAAUGGAUUGAAGGUUUGCAUCAUUUCAUUUACAGAACAUGCCUACAACUUUAAAGAAAACUUUUUUUUUUUUAAUUGUGAAGCAAACAACAAAUAGGACAAAAUAACAGAAAACUUCAGCGUGCAUAACUAUUCACCCCCCUAAAGUCAGUACUUUGUAGAGCCACCUUUUGCGGCAAUUACAGCUGCAAGUUACUUUGGAUAAGUCUCUAUGUGCUUGUCACAGGCAUUUUUGCCCAUUCCUCAAGGCAAAACUGCUCCAGCUCCUUCAUGUUGGAUGGUUUCCACUGGUGAACUGCAAUCUUCAAGUCUGACCACAGAUUCUCAAAUGGAUUGAGGUCCCGGGCUUUGACUAGGCCAUUCCAACACAUUUAAAUGUUUCCCCUUAAACCACUCAAGUGUUGCUUUAGCAGUAUGCUUCGGGUCAUUGUCCUGCUGGAAGGUGAACCUCCGUCCCAGUCUCAAAUCACAGGCAGACAAACAGGUUUUGCUCAAGAAUAUCCCUGUAUUUAGCACCAUCCAUCUUUCCCUCGACUCGGAUCAGUUUCCCAGUCCCUGCUGCUGAAAAACAUCCCCACAGCAUGAUGCUGCCACCACCAUGUUUCACUGUGGGGAUGGUGUUCUUGGGGUUACAUACAUAGCGUUUCCCUUGGUGGCCAAAAAGUGCAAUUUUAGUCUCAUCUGACCAGAGCACCUUCCUCCAUACAUUUGGGGACUCGCCCACAUGUCUUCUGGCAAACUCAAAACGUGCCUUCUUAUUUUUAACACUAAGUAAUGGCUUUUUUCUGGCCACUCUUCCAUAAAGCCCAGCUCUAUGGAGUGUACAGCUUAUUGUGAUCCCAUGCACAGAUACACCAGUCUCUGCUGUGGAACUCUGCAGCUCCUUCAGGGUUACCUUUGGUCUCUGUACUGCCUCUCUGAUUAAUGCCCUCCUUGCCCGGUCUGUGAGUUUUGGUGGGCAGCCCUCUCUUGGCAGGUUUGUUGUGGUACCAUGUUCUUUCCAUUUGAAGAUGAUGGAUUUGAUGGUGCUCCAGGGGAUCAUCAAACAUUUGGAUAUUUUUUUAUAAUCCAACCCUGACUUGUACUUCUCAACAACUUUGUCCCUGACUUGUUUGGAGAGCUCCUUGGUCUUCACAGUGUGAAGCCUCUGGGGCCUUUCAGAAAAGGUGUGUUUAUACUGACAGAUCAUGUGACACUUAGAUUGCACACAGGUGGACUUCAUUUCACUUAUUAUGUGACUUCUGAAGGUAAUUGGUUGCACUAGAACUUUUGAGGGGCUUCAUAGCAAAGGGGGUGAAUACAUAUGCACAUGCCAAUUUUCAGAUUUUUAAUUUUUAAAAAUUAUUUUUUAUAUAUAUUUUUCUUAAUUCACUUCACCAACUUAGACUAUUUUGUGCAGAUCCAUCACAUAAAAUUCAGAUAAAAAAACAUUUAAAUUACAGGUUAUAAUGUAACAAAACAUGAAAAAUGCCAAGGGGGGUGAAUACUUUUGCAAGGCAUUCUACAGAGCAGAGCAAAAAUACUAUGUGCACCAUUAAUAAAACUGGCAAAAUAUAGAAUAAAUUACACUACAAGAAAAAAAUUCACUAACAGCGAAAUGAAUGUAGCCUUCUCCAGGUAUUCAGAGAGGCUGUCCUAAUCAUAUUAACUGCGUUGUUCUUUGUACUGCAGAUGAGUCUUUCCUCAAACAAUAUCCAUGCCGAAAUCGCUCCUUUGGUCCUGUGGGGAAAUUUUGCGUACAUUUGUUUGGUUUUGUUUUACAGUCCAGUGUCACCAAAAUGAGGAUGGGUUCCCUUCUGAGCCUGGUUCCUCUCAAGGUUUCUUCCUCAUCCAUCAUCACAGGGAGUUUUUCCUUGCCACCAUUGCUGCAGGCUUGCUCAUUAGGGAUAAAAUAGAUUAAUCAUUGAGUGUAAUAUUUUUUUCUCCUUUCUCUUUCUCUACGUUUGUAAAGCUGCUUUGAGACAAUGUCCAUUGUAAAAGGUGCUAUACAAAUAAACUGAAUUGAAUUGAAAAAAUUGUUUUGUUUUUUAAACUCGCUGCAAAUACAAUGAAUUGUCAAACCUGGGUACA